UACAUUUCAAAGAAAGCCAUCUUAGACAAAUGCGCGUCGUGAACGGGUCCAUCAACCACAGCAUCGCCGCGCACGAAGCCGCGAUGCGAAAAUACCGAGCAGCCAAGACGUUUGCCUACUCGGACAAGGUGUCCAAUGACACGUUGCCCGAGCUCCGCGUCGAGGGCGUCGACGGCAUCCUGCAAUGGCCUCUGCCGCCAGCACAAGAGCAACAGCUCUUCGCGCGCUACACUGCUGUCAACGGUAGCAUCUCAGUUCCGCUGGAAGACACAGAUACCGGCUACGAAGACGAGAGUCCGUGGCAAGACUAUUUGUACGACCAGAUUGUCGACACCGUCGACCUCGGGCUGGGGCUCACGACGACGAGUCUCCAGGUGUACUUUUCGCAUUUGUGUCUCGACACGAAGGGCUCGGUGGACGCGUUCACACCCCAUUACAUUGACGCAGAGUCCUUUGACAGGACUCUCUUUGGCACACUCGUGCUUGUGCUGCCUUCUCCAUACAAUGGUGGCAAGAUCACGGUGUCGUACGAUGGCGCGUCCACGUUGGUGCAGUUGAAGCCGCUCAAAAAGGCAAUGCGCUUUUUGGCUACGUACCGAAACACGACAAUGUCAUCCGCGCCCAUCACGUCUGGCUACCGCGCCGCGCUCGUAUAUCACUUGGUCGGGAUGCACCUUCCGCUCAACGACACGUCGCUCCUCCCGGUGCCGCGGCACGAGACCAUUUCUGCGUUUGCAACGAUCGCAACGACGCCGCUGCCAUUCUUUCAACGCAUUGCUCGCCCGAUUCCAUACGCACUGUCAGCGCUUACCUUUGACGCGUUGACGCCAGCGGACGCGGACUUUGUUGGUAUCCUCGUCGCCACGCAGCGCUACGACGUCACGCUUGUGCAGUUGAAGGUGGAUUUCCUUUCGUCUAUCUCCGACACUGGAAUUAUCAAUGAAGUGACCGCGUGCGUGCCACACCCGUCGUGCCGCAUCCCCAAGGUUGUUCGGGAGCGUUUGCUUGGAAAUAGCGCCAGCGCCUUUCUUCGCGACCGCCCCAUUCCACCCGGUGACGACGAAGACAGCGAUGGGUGUCCGUUUACCGCGAUUCUCUUUUGGCCCAAGGCCUGUCGCGUCGGCAUCGUGGGAGUCGACGUCGCCCUCCCGCUACUCGAGAAAGCGAUUUUGAAGCCAAAAGCCAACAAGCUCGGUCUCGACAGUGCCGACGACCUUGUUCGCGGUGCCAUUGGUCUCUUCCGAAGCAUGUCGCGCCAGCACGUUUUGGGCAAAUUGCCGUUCAAGUACGUCGUCAUGAUGACCGACGCCUUGGUUGAUAGCAACAACGUCACCAUGGCGGAGCUCUUUCUUAGCGAGGCGGUCUCGGUCUAUGGUCGACUCGACCACUAUGCGGCAACCUACAUGAUCCACUUGUGCUUACUCGAGUACGGGUGGCCAGCUCUGCAGAAGGCGAUGUUGCGGCUCAUCCAACGCUGGGUCAUAGUCAGUGUGGGCUCGAUCGCUCGACUCUUGGCUAAUUUGGCGGGGGCCACCAGCGACAGCAAGGUCACCCCACUGCAGCAGCCGUUUGUUUGUGAAUUCUUCAAGCGCUGCUGGCACGAGGUACUCGUGCACCAACGCACAUGGCUGACCUGGACGAUCGACGAGAACAUGCUUCUCAUGGACUGGUAUCUUCACGACAUGGCGCCGUUGGAUGCGAACGGCCACUGGCUGGGCCAGAAGCUGCCGCCGGCGCUCGUGUCGGUUGUCGACAGCUUCCUCUACAAGCACCGCCAUGGGGUGUACACACUGCUAUCACUGGGAAAAGGCACUGCUUGGCGACUCGACGUCCUGCCCGACCUUCUUCUCAAGGCGGUCGCGCUGCAACCGGCGCUGGUUCAAAAGCCGUAUCUGAAUGUCAUUACGACGGAUGUCGACGGACACGUGCUCGGUGACUUCUUCGAUACGUCAAGCCUCCAAAGUGGCUUCAGUCUCUUGCGCGUCAUGGACCAAAUUGGCCGCUGCGACGAGCGACUCAUGGAGAAGGUGGCGCUGCUCGCUGGCUUCAAAGUCGUGAUUGCCGUCUCGUGGCUCGUCACAAACCAGUUGACGAUCGCGCCGUCGACGCGCGAUUCGGCCAUCGUCUUCUUGGACACUUGUGCCGUCGGGCUCAUCGAAAAUGCAAAAUAUGAGGAAGCCAUACCCGAUGUCAUUGUGCUUCUCGUCAUGGCAACCGUCAAGGCGUUCAACGUCAUUGCUCCCGAGAAGUUCCCGAGUUUUCUCAUGAAAUGGCUUCCAACAAUGCCGCCGACCCGCAUUGCGAACCGCUUGCAGCUCUUCCCCAUCAUUGUGCAAGUGGCGGCCAUGUUCCCCGACCGCUUCCGCGACACGAUUGUCGACCUCGCAACACAGUGCCGCGCGACCUUUCUGGGCGACGCAGAUCGGACGGCGCCACCAGGAGAGCGAUCGGAGUCCGAGGCGCUUGCCAUUGUGGACGCACACUUUUUCAAAGACAGAGAUUUAACGUCGGUUGCGACGUUGGACGCUUUGCUUGCGCCAACUCCAACGACGCCUCCACCCAAAGGCGGCAAAAGCAAGUCGCGCAAGCGCCGCCGGCGCAAGGACUCCAAUGCAUAGCCAAUUCAUCGACGACGUGUAUAAUUAACAUGCAAAUUUAGUUCACAUACGA